AUGGGGAUCUUCUCCUUCAACAUCCUUCGCUCGCGCAGCCAGCGACAGGCGAAACUGCCACUCUACGAGAAAAUAUCGAGGGACCAAGCUUCACAUGACAGCGACUCGUCUGACGAGUCCGACAGCGACGAUGAAUCCGACUACUCAGAUGCGUCCUCUCCCAGCGGGGACUCUAGGAGGACGUCCUCUUCGCUGUCUUCCAGCGCUGGAAUGCUUCCCAAGCGGGCAUAUGCCGUACCACAAAGGCCACGCCGAACUUAUCUCUACCGCCUUCCAAACCGGAUCAUUCGCUGUCUCUGCAUUGCGUUGAUCACAACCAUCUUCGUCAUCAUAGUCUUCCUUGUCCGCGCCAGUAUUGUCGAAAACAGGAAGAUAAGGAACGGUGACGCCCCGAAAGCCAAAGAUCCACCUGCUCCGUGGGAGUCAUUUGAUUUCCUGACGAGGUAUUACGGUGGUGUUCGGACAUUAGUGCCUUUCGAGGACAAUGUGCCUCAGUAUCCUCGACUGGAAGAUGAACAACCAUUCAAUGCAACUGAUGAGAAUGAGUCAAGGACGGCAUCUCCGCUUCCCACUGACCACAAAUCUAACAAUUCUACCCUUCCUCCUACUAAGGCAUUUGCUACGGAGUAUCCGGGAUCGAUCUUCGCUGAUGCCCAGGGCAAAGCGCGGGAGUGCUUCCUAGACGAGAAAGAGACCGUCCGGGUCCCCCUGAUUCGCUACUUUGACGGCCGCCCAGAUGGUUUCCCUCAAAAUGUUAUGGGAUCUUAUGACCUGCUUUCUCUUCCGGAAGACAUUUGUUUCGACAGAUAUGGUAGAUACGGACCAUAUGGCUACGGAUACUCCAUCCACAACGGUGGACUUGGAGCUGGCGAGCAUGGAGAAAUGGAAGGCGUCGAAGUAGUCUGGAAGGAAGCUCACCGUGUGGACUAUCGAAAGGUCGACUGGGCUCAAAUCCAGCGUCGGUGUUAUCAGGCUAACGAGGAUCGUUUCAAGCCGUCAGCAUCAAAGCCCAGCGCUCCGCGGGGCUUCUAUAUCCAGGAAAAGACUGAGAAUGCUACUCUCGCCAAGAGACAAGAUCCUCUACCAGAAGUGGCCGAGGCGGUAGAGGCUGAAACUGACGAGGAUGUCCAACCCAUGAUGAAAUCCACGCAUGAACCUGUCAAGCAGCAGGGAGAUCUGCCCCGGACGGCAAUUGUGGUCCGCUGCUGGGACGAGUAUUUCUUCCGGGAAGAAGAUCUUAUGAAUCUCAGGGCCCUCAUCACUGAGGCUGCUCUUGCCUCAGGUUCUCGCUAUGAUGUUCACCUCCUUGUUCAGGUCAAGAACGAUGCAAAGCAUCCAAUCUGGGCAGACGAGGCGGAAUACCGAAAGAGAAUCGAGGAGGCCAUCCCCCAAGAGUUCCGCGGCCUCGUGACCUUAUGGACAGUCACCCAGAUGCUUUCUCUCUACCAGGGUCUCCACGACUUGUACACCCGAGGCCCAGACCUGCCAGUGCACGGAUCGUAUCGAGGCCUGCAGAUGGCCAUGCAAUAUUUCGCAUACAACCACCCCGAGUAUGACUUCUUCUGGCAAUGGGAGAUGGACAUCCGGUACACCGGCCACUACUAUGACCUCUUUGAGAAGAUGGAGAAGUGGGCACUAGAGCAGCCACGCAAGGGACUAUGGGAGCGUAACGCGCGUUUCUAUAUGCCUUCGGAGCAUGGCAGCUGGGAAGACUUCAAGCAAAUGGCUCGAGUGCAGACCGAGAUGGGCACGCCGGGCCCAGACACCAUGUGGAGCGGUUUGAGAGGCACUAAGUCUCCUCAGGAUAUGACCAAGGGUGAGCAGGCCAUUUGGGGACCAAAGCGGCCUGUUGAUGAAGGUGACUGGUUUGAGACUGAGAACGACCCGGAGCCGCCUACGACUUACGAGCAUGAUAAAUAUACAUGGGGCGUUGGCGAGGAGGCCGAUCUCAUCACGUUGAACCCCAUGUUUGAUCCCGAGGGUACCACGUGGCUACUCGCCGAUGAUAUCACUGGAUAUAAUGAGUCUGAGGGCAUUGGCAAGCCUCCCCGCCGUGCACAGAUUAUCACCGCAUCUCGUAUGUCUCGAAAGCUGCUCAUGACUAUGCACCGCGAGACCGCCUUUAAGAAGCACCACGCCUUCCCGGAGAUGUGGGCGGCCACCGCCGCCCUCCAGCACGGAUACAAGGCAGUCUAUGUGCCUCACCCGCUGUACGUGGACCGCGAGUGGCCCACGCAGUACAUGGCCCGGGUCUUCAACGGCGGCAAGAACGGCGCCUCGGGCGGCUCGCGCACGUCCGUCUUUGGGCAGCGUGAGCACAACUUCCGCGGCCUCACCUGGUUCUACAACUCUGGUUUCGCGCCUAAUCUGUAUAAGCGCUGGCUGGGCCUCAAGGUGAACAACGACGGCGGAGAACAGUUCGAAGUCACUGCGGACGCGACCAAGAACGACACCUCGGUGCCCCAGAUGCGCGGCGGCGAGGGUCGCAUGUGCUUGCCCCCGAUGCUGCUACACCCUGUCAAGGACGUCGUGCUGCCGGUGGAGCACGAUCCUGCGGAGUCUGAUGAUAUUCAGGAGUCGGACCCUUCGAUGUAA